UCUGAGUUUAUUGCUAUUUAUUUAAGAAGUAACCCUUAUUACUCUUAUGUACAAGUAAACUUGUGCGCCCCUUGGUUAAGAAAGCCAAUGACUCAUCGGUGAACGAGCUACGAAUAAAUAGAAUCUAUAAAUCUAAUAAACCCUUGAAACCUCUUGUAUAGAAGUAGAACCCUGAAGCUUAUAUAUCCGCUCAUUUACUAUCAAAAAUUUAGCAAUAAUGUCAGUUACUCAUGAUCUACCUUCUCAGUCUGUCCGCUACCUACCCACGAAUGAGGCUUACGACCGAUGGGCGGUAGUUUACGAUACGGACGGCAAUUUCUUACAGGCGCUAGAUACUAUUGAGCUUAAGGCGCUGUUCCCGAAGUUCCUGUUAUCUAUCACGUCCCCCAGGCCAUGGCGUGUCGUCGACCUCGGCUGUGGCACGGGCCGAAACACCAUGUUGCUUCUCGAUGUCCCUGACGUUACAGAGGUGAUCGCGCUAGACUCUAGCAGGGGCAUGCUUGAUGUAGCGAGAUCACGACUACAGAGAGCGGAUGAUGCUGUUGCCAUAUCAAUUAAAAGCCCAGCGCUUCCGGCUCCGGAACUACAUCUCGAAGUGUUCGAUAUGUUAACUGCGUCAUCCCCCCCAGUUGUCGCACAGCAAGCAGACGGAGUGAUCUCUACUCUGGUCAUUGAGCACAUACCUUUGCAAACAUUCUUCUCUCAGGUUUCGCAGAUCUUGAAGCCAGGCGGUAUGCUCCUACUGACCAAUAUGCACGAACAAAUGGGUGCGAUUAGCCAAGCCGGGUUCGUGGACGCCAAUACGGGCGAGAAGAUUCGGCCGACAAGCUACACGCAUAUUAUAGCCGAUGUAGUGGCCGAAGCAAAUAAAUGUGGAUUUGAUAUUGAAAGAAUUGGUGAAGAAGGAGAGGGGAUCCGAGAGAGAGCGGUGGAAGACGAUAUGGUUGAAGGAUUAGGAUCUAGGAGUAAGAAGUGGGUUGGUAUAAUGUGCUGGUUUGGUGGCUUAUUUAGGAAAAGGAGAGCUUAGAUGAGUAGCUUAGAUGAGUAUUGGUUAUAGAUUAUAGGUCACUUAAACCGACUAAGUAUAGUGAUCUCCUACAAGAAAGGACUAGACUAAGAAUUU